AUGCCCAUCGCUCUAGCUCCAGGCAUGGGGCUUAAUGCGUAUUUUGCCUACCAAGUUGUCGGAAUACAUGGUCAAGGACCCGUCUCAUACAGACUAGCAUUAACAGCUGUCUUCAUUGAAGGGCUCCUCUUUGUUGCACUUUCAAUACUCGGAUUGAGGCAAUGGCUUGCGCGCGCAAUACCCCGAAGCUUGAAGAUCGCCAGCGGUGCAGGUAUCGGGCUCUACCUCGCUCUCAUUGGACUCACUUACAGCGCGGGAAUCGGUGCUAUCACAGGCAGUAAUGCUGAUGUACCUCUUCAAGUAACAGGUUGUAUACCUGAAUUCAUCGCCCCAGACGGAACAUGCACGUCGGGUAAAAUGCGAAGUCCGACCAUGUGGCUUGGCAUAUUCGGUGGGGGAAUGUUCACGGCGUUCCUGAUGAUGUAUCGUGUCAAAGGUGCCGUCAUAGCAGGAAUCCUCCUCGUCUCCAUCGUUUCAUGGCCGCGCAAUACUUCCGUAACCUAUUUUCCUGCCACCGUUUCCGGCGAUGCGGCUUUUGAGUUUUUCAAAAAAAUCGUCACUUUCCAUCCCAUUUCUCGAGUGCUAGCUGCGCAGGAUUGGAAUAUCACUGGAGCUGGCGCUGGACAAUUCGCUUCCGCGCUUGUAACCUUUCUUUACGUCGAUAUCCUUGAUUGUACGGGAACAUUAUAUUCGAUGGCGCGUUUUUGUGGCGCCAUCGAUGAAGAUACUCAGGAUUUUGAAGGCAGUGCCGUGGCCUACCUAGUCGACGCCUUUGGUAUAUCUCUAGGCUCUUUCAUGGGCUCUCCGCCCGUCACUGCAUUUAUUGAAUCUGGCGCCGGGAUCUCAGAAGGUGGAGUAACAGGUCUCACGGCCGUCACUACCGGCUUUUGUUUCUUCAUCAGUCUGUUCUUUGCCCCAAUCUUCGCUAGCAUUCCUCCCUGGGCAACUGGUUGUACCCUCAUCCUCGUUGGCGCAAUGAUGGCGCGCGCAUGCACAGAAAUUAAUUGGCGAUACCUGGGCGAUUCUAUCCCGGCUUUCUUAACGCUAGCCAUCAUGCCUUUUACAUAUUCGAUUGCCUACGGACUAAUCACAGGAAUCGUCACAUACACGCUCCUCAAUACUUCCGCAUGGGCCAUGGCAAAGAUGUCAGGAGGAAGAAUCAUGCCGCACGACUACGAACUGAAAGAUUACUGGACAUAUAAAGUACGAGGAGGUCUGCUACCGGGGUGGGUGCGCCGAGCCACGAGGGGAAAGCGAGAUUUUUGGAGAGAAUGGGAUUUCGAUGCCGAGGAGAUGGGCAGGAAGGUUAAUAGUGUGAGGGGACAUAAAACACGGGGAAGCGUGGCGAAAAGUCACAAGAGCGCGAGGAGUCAUGAUGUAGUGACGGUGAGGAAGGAUGAGAUUGUUGGAAUCCCCAGCACGAGUGGUCAUGGAGAGAGAACGUGGGAGAUGCCCGAAAUGGCGUUUCCGAAGUGUGUGGUUGGAGGUAUUGGAGAGGCGAUUGGUGGGGAGGAGAGGAGGGAGAGUUUGAGGACGUCUAAAUACAAGCCACUAACCCGCCCCAACAGCCUAAACCCCUCCCAAGGAAGUGCCAAAAACAAUACACGAUUCGACACUAUCGAUGAUCGUAACCUAGGCACUACAGCUAGAAUUCACUUUCAUACAAUGACAAGAGUGAAGGCAUGCAUAGAUACUAUCUCAAUGUCAAGAACAAUUCAAACAUUGAGGGGUGUUAUGGUAAAUCAAAUUGUUGGAGACAAGUUGCAAAUCGGGUAG